UCUGCUGCUAACUAAAAGGCCACCAUUAAUAGGACCUCUCCUCUCUUCUUUAGGGGCUCAAUUGAAGAGUACCCGCAAAAUAGUAUCUCACACUCUCUUUACUUGUUUCUUCCCAUUUUUAUUUUUGUUUUCUCUCAACUUCUUAAAUCUUCCAUCUGUUCAGGCUCUCAAAUCUUUCAACUUCUUAAAUUUCCUCCAGUGAGAGAGAGAAACGCAUUACACUGGGAUUCCUCCAUGCAUCUUCAAAUGCUCAACUAAAGGCAGUGUUUGUGUUCUUUUAUUUUUCCUUCUCUUCCUCUCCUUCUCUCUUUCUUCUGUGUGUGGUCCUCCUUUCCAUCAAAACCUUGUGCCAUCUGCAAAACCUCCUCAUCCUAGGGUGCCCCUUUGAGCAAACCCCAUUCUUUCUUCUUCAGGGCUGCAUCUGAAGACAGCGUAGGAGAAGGUUUUUUUUUUUAUUCUUAAUGUUCUUGCAGCCGUUUCUCUCAUCUUCUCAUCGCAUUUCUGACUGGCAUUUCUGAAUCUUCCUCGUUGCGGCGGCCAGAAGGGCCCAUUUCUCUAGCAAAAAAGUGAAGACCACUCUCGGGAAGAGAAAGAAGAGAAGCAGAGAUGGUUGCAGAAACUUGGUUAGUCAAACUGGGAAGCCAGGUGAGCCACAAUCUUAAGCAUGCCUUCUUUCUUGAUGAUUCUAACAAGAAAACCACCGGGAAGAAAGCCCAAACGAUUGGUAUUUUGUCCUUUGAAAUUGCUAAUGUUAUGUCCAAGGCCAUACAUCUGUACAAGUCUCUGGCUCCCAGUGAAAUAACCAAGAUAAAAGAUGUUGUGUUCAAGUCUGAUGGCGUUGCUUUCUUGGUCUCCGAUGAUGAAGAGCUUCUGCUCAAUCUCUUUUUCAUGGAAAAGCUAGACGAAUUGAACCGAAUUUCAGGGGUUAUUUCAAGAUUAGGCAAGAAAUGCAGCGAGCCCGCUCUGCAGGGCUUCGAGCAUGUCUAUGCUGAUCUAUUGAGGAAGAGGUUGGAUUUUAGGGAGUUUGGUUUUCUGGUUAAGGACAUGGACGGGGUGACUAAGAAGAUGGAGAGGUAUGUCAGUGCUACGGCCAAUCUGUAUGUGGAGUUGGAGGCGCUGAACGAACUCGAGCAAACCGCGAAAAAAUUCCACCAGGGCGACGCGUUUCCGAAGGAAAGCUUCCGCCAUUUCGAGCAGAAGAUUCAGUGGCAGAGGGAGGAUGUGAAACAUCUCCGAGACGUUUCAUUGUGGAACCAAACUUUUGACAAGAUUGUGGUUGUUCUAGCGAGGUUGGUAUGCACGAUUUAUGCCAGGAUUUGCCUAAUCUUCGGCGACACCGGUUUCUCAUUUCCUCCACCCGUUGAUGGGUGUGAUCUGAACGGAGGCUUCUCCACCCAAGUAGAGCUCCGGGAGCGUAUGUCCUCUUAUCUGUCUGGUUCUCUCGAGAAAGUUCCCAUGGAGAAGAAGGGGACUAAUGCCAAAUCUGGGCCGUUGCUUCAAAACACAGAAUUGGGGAGCUUCCGGAGCACCAAUUGUGUUCUGCCUUGUGUUUCUGGUCCCGGCAAACUUUUGAAGGAAUGCCUGAGUUUAGCUACCUCAGGUUCAUUUAGAUAUGAUGAUGCCGAAUUGGAGACGAUGAGUACCAGCAGCAGCAGCAGCACACAUUCUAGACAAAUGAAGAAUGGGCUUGUUGGCAGGAAUUCAACUAGCUCUAAUUCUCAAAGUGGAGCGAUGAAAGAGAGUCCAAAAGCCGAUCGAAUCAGGGCAGAUACUCCACCAUUUGGUGGAGAUCAUGAACAUUCUUCCCCUAUUUGGGGAGUUGGAAAGAACUCCAAAUCACAGUGGGGGCCAAAUCUGAAAAGUGGUCUAAUGAGUGCGCCACCCUCGACUGUUGGGGGAUCUGCUCUUGCUCUACAUUAUGCUAACGUGAUUAUCAUAGUUGAGAAGUUCCUCCGUUAUCCUCAUUUGGUUGGUGAUGAAGCCAGGGAUGAUUUGUAUCAGAUGUUGCCAACUAGCCUCAGGACAUCCCUGAGAAUGAGCCUCAAGUCUUACACCAAGAAUUUAGCCUCCGGUAUAUAUGAUGCUUCUCUCGCCCAUGACUGGAAGGAGGCCAUGGACAGGAUCUUGACAUGGCUGGCGCCUUUAGCACAUAACAUGAUCAGGUGGCAGACAGAGCGCAAUUUUGAGCAGCAACACUUUGUGCCUCGGACCAAUGUCCUUCUCCUUCAAACUCUGUAUUUUGCAGAUAGAGCGAAAACGGAGUCUGCCAUGUGUGAGCUUCUUGUUGGACUGAAUUACAUAUGCCGGUAUGAACAACAGCAGAACGCGCUCUUGGAUUGUACGAGCAGUCAAGAGUUCGAUGACUACAUAUCUUGGCAGUUGCAGUACUGAGUUCCAUACGCCCACAGCAAGAGCAGUUGAGAGUCUUGAUGACUGCUGGCCAUAGCAGUGGCGGUGAUAUCUAUUCCCUAACAUGAAAUUCCUUUCAUGAUUGAUGAUUUGAAGAUCUGGAAUGUAGUAGCAUGAUGCAUUUGCUCGAGUGGCACAUUUUUGAGCUGGAAAUCCUCAAAGGAAGAAGAAAUUUCCCUCAUACUAGUAAAAGGAUCAUGUUACUAAAUUCUGGAUCGCAACAGCUUAAUUGCAAAUGUCGCAUGCAGCUACUAGCAGUAUCCAAAUGUCUGGAGUCGCUUGUUUGUGCAGCAAUAGACUAUCUUCUGUAGUUGUUGAACAUGAAGCUUCCAAUGUAUAUAAUGUUCUUUUCUCCUGUGAGCAAAAAUUAAUGGAUAGCAUGUAUACCACAUCAUGGUAUAUGCUUUUUUUGAGAA